UAAACUCCCAUUGAAACCAAGAAUCACUCUAAACCUUUUUCAUCUAUCUCCUCUUCAACUUGUUGAGAGCAAAAUGGGGAAGAAGCUAGACGCUUUGCUUGGUCGGACUUUCAAAACCAAGAAGUUCAAGGCUCUUCUCAACUUAGCUCUCACUAGGCUCUCUAUUCUCAAGAACCAACGUCAAGUCAGAUGUUCUCAAGCCACCUCUGAUGUCACCGAGCUUCUUAAGCUUGGGCAACACGAGAACGCUUACCACAGAGUCGACCAAGUCAUUAAAGACCAAAACACACUCGACGUUCUCUUCUUCAUCCAUGGCUACUUCACUCUCUUGCUCGACCGUGUUCACCUCUUCGAACACAACAGAGAUUGCCCUGAUGAGCUUCUGGAAGCUGUUUCGAGCUUGCUCUUUGCAGCUUCUAGAAUCGGAGAGUUUCCUGAGCUUCAAGAGAUCCGUAAUGUUUUGGUUUCGCGUUUUGGCAAAGAUAUUGCAGCUAGGUCCAUUGAGUUGCGAAGUAAUUGUGGGGUUAAUCCCAAAAUCAUUCAGAAGUUGUCGACAAGACAUCCACCGAGAGAAGCUAGGAUGAAGGUAUUGAAGGAGAUUGCUGCAGAAAAUAACAUCGUUUUGAAACUUGAAGAAGCUUCUUCUACGUCCACUGAGGGACAGGGACAAUCAGAUGUUUCCAAGGCUAAGUUAACAAGUGAAGUUGGAGAAGAUGAGAUAGGUGAAGGUUAUGGGUUGUCUGAUUUGGUUAAGAGAGGAAAGCAGAAGUACAAAGACGUGGCUGAUGCUGCACAAGCAGCGUUUGAGUCAGCAGCUCAUGCAGCAGUGGCUGCACGAGCAGCUGUAGAGCUUUGUCAGUUUUCGCCUUGUGGACCUGACAAUACGGGUAAUAAUGGUGGGGGGAGUUCAUCUAGUGGUUCUGGAAACAAUAAAACAGAACAAGAAGCUAAUGAUGAUGGUGAUCUUUCAAAAGGUGAAGUGGAUGUGAGAUCAGAAUCUAAGAAGUCUAUAUCGGAUCCAGAAGAUACUAUUGAGGAUGUGAUGUCACUUAGGGAAGACCCUGUGAAGCUGCUGGAGAAGGAUGAUGUUUUAUACGACAGUGAGGAAGAAACCAAGCAAAUUGCUAAGACUAAUACUACUACGGAGGUUAAAGAUGAGGAAAGUCUUAAGGAUUGUUCUGAUAGAGGAGAUGCAGGACAUGUGGAGGAUGUUGAUCUUUCAGAAGGUGAAGUGGAUGUGAGAUCAGAAUCUAAGAAGUCUAUAUCGGAUACAGAUGAUAAUAUUGAGGAUGUGAUGUCAUUUAGAGAAGACCCCGUGAAGUUGUUGGAGAAGGCUUUUGUCGUCUACGACAGUGAGGAAGAAACCAAACAUAAUGCUAAGACCAAUACUACUACUGAGGUUAAAGAUGAGGAAAGUCUUAUGGAUGGUUCUGAUAGAGCAGAUGCAGGACAUGUGGACAACAUGGUUCAUUCGGUUGAAGAGCCUAUUAUACGUAAAGCUAUUUUAAAGGGUCCUAUUUCAGUUAGGACCAGACAGGUUCGUGGAUACUAAGUUUUAUUUCAGGUGCAUCUAUGUUUUAGUGACUGAGUGUGUGGUACAAUUUCUUUGUGUGUUCUUUAUGCCUUGGUCAAGGGUGUAAAACUAUUGUAGAUUUCAA